AUAAAUCCCAGAUGGUGCAUAUCAAUGGAAAUCCCAAAUCGAAAAAAGGGUCAUUGUCUACAGGAAAAAAAGAGAGCAAUGGGGAGAAAGCCUGGAUUUUUCUACGAUAUUGGCCGAAAGGCUCGAGAACUUCUUUACAGGGAUUAUGUUCAUCAGCCGGAAAAUCACUAUAGCUGGGGAUAUGUAGACUGCAGUUGCGAUGUUCGUUGUAAUGGUAAAUUCUUCGCAUCAAUGGCUGUUUAUGUAAUGCAGAUGGAAUUUUUUUACCAUAGACUUUCAAUUUUAUAUAACGUAAAAUGAUCUUUCAUCAUUAGCUUACAUUAGCUUAGUGUCUAAUCAUGAAUGUUCAUAUUGUCUGCAGUCCCUGAAAUGUUACCUGGGCUCGGUGCAAUUGUCCGAGUUUAUGUUCCUUAUCAGAGGUUAAGUGAGGUGAUAUAUUCAGUUUUCUCUGUUUCAAAACUUUCUUCUUAUAUAUUCAUCUUUCAUUAAUCAAAUCUGUUCAGCAGCAUGGCCAAAGAUAUGUUCUUACUUUUCCUCAUACAGGUGGAGAUUGGGUACUUGUAUGAUUUUGUCGGAAUUACAAUGGGAGCCAGUAUGACAAAUAAUCCCUUAGUGAACUUUUCCGGAGUGCUUGGAUACAGCAGAUGCUACAUUGGAACUGCAAUCGCUUUCGAUACCCAAGUCGGACAACUCCUCAAGUGUGAUGGUGGGUUGAAUUUCAAAGUUCCCUUCCUCAGAGCAGCACUACAAUUGAAAGAAAAAGGUGGAACUCUGAGUGCAUCCUGCUACACAAAGCCCCUGAGGGAUGCUGCAUUCGCGGCCGAGGUAACCCACAGAUUCGCGGACAAGCUGACGACUAUCCAAUUGGGAAGCCAGUAUGAAAUAAACGAAGCUCUGAUGAUCAAAGGCAGAGUGAGCACAGAUGGCGAUAUCGGUGCCCUGCUGCAGCUGCAAUUCUUCAAUGCAGUAUACUUAACAUUCGGAGGCGAAAUAAACGUUAAGGAUGUUAACAGUGCUAGAAUGGGCAUAGCUUGCGCUCUCAAAUACGAGAUCCCACACAUAGCUUCUGGCAAAAUUAAGUUGCCCAUUAGCAUUGGUGAGAUAGGGGGUGGAAAAGGAUGGUGUGUAACCAAAUGAGCAAUGUUUUUUUCUUCUUUUUCUUUUUAUUUAUUUUUUUCUUUUACCUUCUUCUUUUACUUCACCAUUUGGUUGUCAUUUUGAGGAGUCCAUGGACACAAUAAUUUCACCUAGAGAGAGUAAUUCACUCAUGAGCAAUUAGUUGAUUGAUGAUACUUUUCGAGCCCGGAUUUUAGUAGCAUCUUACUCUUGCAGAGAUAUUUCAAAUGUGAAUUCCUGACAUAAAAACAUCGAUAUAUCUAAA